CAACAAAUAGGCUUGUGGAGGAAGUCAGCUUCUCAGGCAAACAGAAAAAUAAAAACCCUCUUCGGACUUCUGCUUUGCUUCCCUGAUCUGCAUUUUAUAUCCUUUUUCUUUAGAUUGAAUUAGAAAAUAUCUUUAGCAAGCUAAUGGAUCUCAAGGCUCCUCACUCUAUGGGUACUACUAUUAUCGGCGUCACCUAUGACGGCGGCGUCGUCCUGGGUGCCGACUCUCGCACCAGCACUGGGAUGUAUGUCGCAAAUAGGGCUUCGGACAAAAUUACUCAGCUCACUGAUAAUGUCUACGUUUGUCGUUCUGGAUCGGCUGCAGAUUCCCAAAUUGUGUCCGACUAUGUUCGUUACUUUCUUCAUCAGCACACAAUACAGUUAGGUCAGCCCGCAACUGUCAAAGUUGCUGCUAAUCUGGUCAGGCUGCUAUCUUAUAACAAUAAGAACAUGCUAGAAACUGGCCUAAUUGUUGGUGGAUGGGACAAAUAUGAAGGUGGUAAAAUUUAUGGAGUUCCUCUCGGUGGAACAAUAAUAGAGCAGCCUUUUGCUAUUGGAGGAUCUGGCUCCAGUUACUUGUAUGGAUUCUUUGAUCAAGCAUGGAAAGAAGGAAUGACCAAGGAUGAAGCUGAGCAAUUAGUAGUAAAGGCAGUUUCCCUGGCCAUGGCAAGAGAUGGUGCUAGUGGUGGUGUUGUUCGCACGGUCAUUAUAAAUUCGGAGGGAGUGACGAGAAACUUCUAUCCUGGGGACAAACUUCCACUGUGGCAUGAAGAGUUGGAGCCGCAUAAUUCAUUGUUGGAUAUUAUAAAUGCUUCUGGUCCUGAGCCAAUGCACAUGUGAUGAAGUGAAAGAUGCCCUGCAUAUUUUAGUAUUUCUAUCUGUAGAUUGACUGAUACAUUUAUUUUUCUUUGUUGCCUGCACCCUACUUUGUCAGAUGGGAUUUUUAAUGGUUUAUGUUCAUCUUUGAACUAGAUGUGUUGUUUGGAUAGAUUAUUUAUAAGAGAAAUACAAUUUCUCCCUUAAAAAGAAAAAAGGAUUAUAUCUUUA